GUCGCCAAGAAGGUAGCUACACACUGCGGCCAUCAACCAUCAGCAAUGCUCCUCCUCCUCCGUAUACACAUACUACCUGCACGGAGCGAAAACAAGGCCAGCACUGUAUUCGCCUCUCUCAGCUGACAAAGCUCUGCUGGUGUAGUGUUGUCUCACGCCUCUGCCGCAGCCCAUAUGGUGCCGUCAGAUCCGCUCAGCCGCUCCUCACCUGCACACACACACACGCAGCGCUGACCACAGCCAGGCAUCUGUAUGUGCCCUCCCUUACCCCCCACACACCCACCUGCCACACCUCCAUCUCAUCGCACGUGAAGUCCCUGGACUGCGCCAGUCUGCCGUUGCCCUGCUCGUUGGUCGUCCCCUUGUAGCCCUCUGACAGAUCCGCCUUGCUGAUCCACUGCUGGCAGCUACUGAGGUCGGCCGCCGGACCAGGCACGGCGAAACCGAGCCAGAGAUAGCCGCGGCCGAUGUACACGUUGGCGAGCGGCUCGUCCUUCUUGUUCUUGACCACCCCCUGUGUGCCGGCCACGUCCACCCACUGCCUGUCCUCGGGCAGCUCGAUCUUGGUCGGCGUCUCGUACGCACCCGACAUCGAAAAGAAGAAGACGGGCACGUUGUAGUAGUUGGCCUUUGUGGGGUCCUCGGGCGGUGUGAGUGGGCCGUCGAUGAAGCAGCCAAAUCGGUGUGUGUUGCCGUCGCGGAGGGCGAAGAGCAGGCCGCUCUUGCCGGUGACCUUGUUGAGGAAGGAGGGGUACUCAAAUGUGUCACGGCUCGACCUGAUAUCGACAUGAGCAGAGAGGAGUGGUCUCGGCCUGUCAUCUGCCUCUGGCGCGUGAGUGCUUCAUCUCACUUGUACAGCAGCGAUGGCGCCACAGCGAUCUUCUUGUCCGUCAUCUUCAUCACCGCCAGCCACUGGUCGGCCGUCUGGAUCACAGCGGACGCCGCCGCCGCCUCACCGACAAGCGGCACCGUGUUGAGGCCGUACAUGCCCAACUCGACGGCGAACAUCUCCUUCUCGUGCGGCGCCACCACCGGCGGGUGCACGAACCGGCCGGGCAUAACGGUCAGGCGGCGCGCGAAAUCGACGAUGAGCUGCAGGAACUUGAGCGAUGUCUGGCGGGCCUCCUGGUCGGGCCACUCGUCGCUGAAGAAUCACACGCACACACACCCCACACACACAGACACAUAGGACACCACACAAGAUCCCCAGCCUUACAGUCCUUACGGAUUGUAUCGCUUGACGAGUGCAUGGCUCGCUCCGAGUGGUGCGAUGGUGCGGCGGAGGACCGACACCUUGUCCUCAUACACCGUCAGCGUCAACACCUCGAUAUCCUCAUCGCUACUCGGCCCCUUGACGAACGGCCGCAUCGCCGACAGGAAGGCCUCCAUGGCCUCCUUCUGCUUCUGCAGCCCCUCACGCACGCGGCGGCAGGUCCUCAUGUACCGCUCGAUCCUCUCAAACGCCUUGUCUAUGCCCACCCCCUGUCUACCCUCACCACGUCCCUCACCCUCACCCUCCACCGCACCACCGUUGCCGUCGGCCAUCUCCACAUCCUGCUGCUCGCCUCCCCCUCCACCCGCCGCUGCUGCUGCUGCUGCCGAUGCACCAGGCGCCCGCCGCUGCCCCUGGAUGUCGCCGCCCAGCUUCUUUGUGAUGAACAGCGAAUGGUACUCGGCAUAUGAUGGGUCGUCGGCCUCCGGCGAGUGGAGGGUGAUCUCGUCGAGGUGGCGGCUCUCCAGGAGCGCCAGCUGGUCACGCAGCCAGCGGAAGUAGGGCGGGUGUGCCUCGAGGAAUGGCAGAUUGUUGGUGUCCUUGGGCAGCUGGUCAGUGAAGUGCAGCAGCAGAGUCGAGAGGUACGUGAGCUUCAUCUUGGGAUGGAGGAGUCCUGUCAUGGGGAUCGACAUGACGGUGCCGCCGACGUUGAGCUGCAUGCGGUCCUCUGUCUGCUGCGGUUCGAUGGUGCCUCCAUUGGCCGUGAUGAGCUGCUUGAUGCUCGCAGCCAGCGCCUUGAUCUCGCCGUCAGCUUGAUGCAUGGCCGUCUUCGUGGCCGACCCCAGCCCGUCUACUGCAUUGGCCGCCUCCUUCACGAGCGCAUCGCCCUCCUCACGGCCACUCGUCACGCUGUGGAGCUGCGAUGGGGCGGCGAUGGACUCACCACCGGCUGCGCUGCCAUCGUUGUUCUUGCGUUUCUUUGGCGCCAUCAAUGCUCACGGCAGCGGUUUCAG